AUGGCCGGGAGGAGGUCUGCGGGAGGUCGGGGGGGUUCUGCGGGAGGCCGGGGGCGUGGGGACAAGAAUGCUAGUGCUGGCGGGGAAAGCGGCAAGGACACUGAUAGUGGGGAGUGUCUUACUGGCGCCGCUGAUGGUAAUGAUGGUGCUCUUAGGGGGGAGGGUAGUCAAGCCGGUGGAGGGGAGUGUAGUACUGGCGCCGCUGAUGGUAAUGAUGGUACUCUUGGGGGGCAGGGUAGUCAAGCCGGCACUAGGGGUGGUGUUAAGACGGGUGCUAGCACAACCACUAGGAAACGUCGUAAGCGUGCACUUGUAGAUGAGGAGAAUUCUGCAUGUGCUGAAUGGGAUGAUGAAGGGAAACAAACUACGCCAAUCAUGGUGGAGACUGAUCCUCGAAGUCACAGGACGCGUGGAUAUUCUCCGGGAGGAUUUGGUACAUACCCCGUGACCCCAAAUGUGGUUCGUAUUGCUGGUAACUUGUAA